AGCACGUGAACGCGUCCGCGUGAAACGGGGACAAAGUCCGGACUCGUUAAGGAAACACGAGCCACACUUUCCCGACACUUUUGACCAGAAACCUGAACGCGAAGCGGCGGAGACACGAGCGAGAAGAUGCCGGUCACAGAGAAGGACCUGGCCGAGGACGCGCCAUGGAAGAAGAUCCAGGAGAACACCUUCACCCGCUGGAUCAACGAGCACCUCAAGUGCGUGAACAAGCGGAUCGGGGACCUGCAGCUGGACCUGGGCGACGGCCUGAGGCUCAUCGCUCUGCUGGAGGUCCUGAGCCACAAGAAGAUGUUCCGAAAGUAUCACCCAAGGCCGAACUUCAGGCAGAUGAAGCUGGAAAACGUCUCGGUGGCUCUGGAGUUUCUGGACAAGGAGAACAUUAAACUGGUCUCCAUAGACUCUAAAGCCAUUGUGGAUGGGAACCUGAAACUGAUCCUGGGUCUGGUCUGGACUCUGAUCCUGCACUACUCCAUCUCCAUGCCGAUGUGGGAGGGUGAAGAUGAAGAGGCAGAGUCAAAGACGCCUAAACAGCGUCUCCUGGGCUGGAUCCAAAACAAAGUCCCUGAUAUGCCCAUCACCAACUUCAGCCGCGACUGGAGGGACGGCAAAGCACUGGGAGCUCUGGUGGACAGCUGUGCGCCAGGCCUGUGUCCAGACUGGGAGACAUGGGAUUCAGUGAAACCAGUGGAUAAUGCCACAGAAGCCAUGCAGCUGGCUGACGAAUGGCUGGGAAUCCCACAGGUGAUCACCCCAGAGGAGAUCAUGGACCCCAAGGUGGACGAACAGUCUGUGAUGACAUAUUUGUCCCAGUUCCCCAAAGCCAAACUGAAACCAGGAGCUCCACUCAAACCCAAACUCAACCCCAAGAAGGCCCGUGCAUAUGGACCAGGAAUCGAGGCGACAGGAAACCGAGUGUUACGUCCUGCCGUGUUCACCGUGGACACGUUCAGCGCCGGUCAGGGUCAAGUCACCGUUUACCUGGAUCAUCCAGACGGCACCAGGGAGGAGCUGAAGGCGGAGCCUAACGAGGGCAAGAAGACGUACAGCGUCACCUACGUUCCUCAGGUCACGGGCGUUCACAAGGUUACGGUGCUGUUCGCAGGGCAACAGAUUCCCAAGAGUCCGUUUGAGGUGGGCGUGGACAAAGCGCUGGGCGACGCCUCCAAGGUCACCGUCAAAGGCCCGGGAAUCGAACCUGUGGGCAACGUUGCCAACAAAGCCACGCACUUUGACAUCUACACCGCAGGUGCCGGCACCGGAGACGUGACGGCCAUGAUCCGAGAUCCACAGGGCCGCCAGAACAGCGUGGAGGUGAUGAUGGAGGACAUGGGCGACAGCGUGUACCGCUGCACCUACAGGCCGACCCAGACCGGACAACACGCCGUCACCAUCACCUUCGGAGGAGUGGGCGUUCCCAAGAGUCCGUUCAGCGUGGACGUGGGUCCUGCCUGCGUUCCCGGGGCAUGCAGGGCGACGGGGCGUGGCCUCCAGCCGAAGGGUCUGAGGGUGAAACAAGUCGGGGACUUUAAGGUGGACACGAGGACGGCCGGCAGCGGAGACCUGAAGGUUCUGGUGAAAGGACCCAAGGGCAUGGAGGAGCCGGUAAAGCAGGUCUCUGGUCAGGACGGCGUCUUCUUCUAUGAGUAUCAUCCCAACAGUCCUGGCAAACACACGGUCUCCAUCACCUGGGGCGGUCAGCACAUCCCAAAGAGCCCGUUUGAGGUGUCAGUGAACGUGGAGGCGGGGCCUCAGCAGAUCAGGGCGUGGGGUCCUGGUCUAGAAGGAGGCAUUGUGGGUAAACCUGCCGCCUUUGUCGUCGAGUCCAUCGGCAGUGAUGUCGGAGUCCUGGGGUUCGCCAUCGAGGGGCCGUCCCAGGCGAGGAUCGAGUGCGAGGACCAGAACGAUGGCUCGUGCGAUGUCCGUUACUGGCCGACAGAACCCGGAGAGUAUGCCGUGCACGUGACCUGUGACGAGGAGGACAUCGAACACAGUCCCUUCAUGGCCUCCAUCGUCCCUGACGACAACGCCAGUGACCCACAUCAGGUUCAGGCGUUCGGGCCAGGACUGGAGAAGAGCGGCGUCCUGGUCAAUCAUCCUGCCGAGUUCACUGUCAACGCUAAGGAUGCUGGGAAAGGACCGCUGAAGAUCGCAGCUCAGGACGCAGAGGGACUUCCCGUGGACGUGAAGGUGAGGAGUAAAGGGGAGGGGCUCUACUCCUGCUCCUACACGCCCACCUCGCCUCUCAAGCACACCGUGUCCGUCACCUGGGGCGGAGUCAGCGUCCCCAACAGUCCGUUCAGGGUGAGCGUGGGUAAAGGCAGUCACCCCGACAUGGUCAAGGUGUUCGGUCCUGGAGUCGACAGAAGUGGACUGAAGGCCAAUGAGCCCACACACUUCACUGUGGACUGUUCAGGAGCUGGAGAUGGUGAUGUCAGCGUGGGUAUUAAGUGCGACGCUAACAUGGUCGGAGACAAAGAGGCCGACGUGGAUUUCGACAUCAUCCCCAACGCGAACGACACAUUCACGGUUAAAUACGUCCCCCCUGCUGCUGGAAGAGUCACCGUCAAAGUCCUGUUCAAUGACCACGAAGUUCCACAGAGUCCUUUCAGUGUAAAAGUUACUCCAUCCCAUGAUGCUUCGAAGGUUAAAGCAGAAGGUCCUGGACUGGCUCGCACUGGUGUGGAGAGUGGAAAGCCGACUCAUUUCACGGUGAUAACUAAAGGAGCCGGUAAAGCAGCGCUCGACGUCUCCUUCUCCUCCGACGUCAAAGACUUUGACGUCAUCGACAACUAUGACUACUCCCACACCGUCAAAUACACACCUGUGCACCAGGGGGAGACGUCAGUCAUGGUGAAGUUUGGAGGAGAUCCCGUCCCCAAGAGUCCGUUCACUGUCGCAGUCGCUGCACCUCUGGACCUCAGCAAGGUCACCGUGGACAACCUGAGUGGACGAGUGGAGGUGGAUCAGGAACAGCAGUUCAUGGUUGACACCAAGGGUGCAGGAGGUCAAGGUCACCUGGAGGUGGCGGUGCUGAGUCCUGAUCAGAGAGCUCUUCCCUGUAAGGCGGAGCCUCAGUCCACAGACGCACACGUCACAUUGGUUCGUUACACGCCGACAGAGGAGGGCGUUCACGCCGUCCACGUGUCCUAUGAUGGACACGCCGUCCCUGGGAGUCCCUUCCCUGUGGAGGCUCAGCUUCCUCCAGAUCCAAGCAAGGUGAAGGCCUUCGGUCCUGGUCUGAGUGGAGGUUUGGUGGGGGACCCGGCAGAGUUCACUAUCGACACUAAAGGGGCGGGGACUGGAGGUCUGGGUCUGACGGUGGAAGGUCCGACCGAGGCCAAGAUCGAGUGUUCGGACAACGGCGACGGUACCUGCUCCGUGUCGUACCUGCCCACCGAGCCUGGAGAAUACCUGGUCAACAUCCUGUUUGAGGAGGUCCACAUCCCGGGCUCGCCCUUCAGAGCCGGCAUCCAGAUGCCCUUUGACCCCUCAAAGGUGGAGGCCUCGGGGUCGGGCCUGAAAAGAGCAAAGGUUGGGGAGACCAGUGUGGUGAAUGUGGACUGUUCUCGGGCCGGACCGGGUCAGCUGACCCUGGAGGCUGUGCCGGACUCGACCAGUCCCACCGGCACUACACCAGGCUCAGGUGUGAGAGCGGAGGUGGUGGACAACAAAGACGGGACCUACACCGCAACCUACGUCCCUCUGACCUCAGGCAUGUACACGCUGCUGCUCAAGUACGGCGGCAAACCUGUGCCCGGUUUCCCUGCCAAGGUGAUGGUGGAUCCUGCUGUGGACACGUCCACAGUCACAGUGUUUGGACCAGGAGUGGACGGACAAGCCGUUUACAGAGAAGCCACCACAGCGUUCACGGUCGACGCCCACGCUCUGGCGCGGCGAGGGGGAGACCACGUGAAGACGGAGGUCAGGAAUCCGUCUGGAGCGCUGACGGACUGUCAGGUGACGGACAAAGGCGACGGGACCUACAGCGUGGAGUACACUCCUUUUGAGAACGGCGUCCACAGUGUCCAGGUUCUCUAUGACGACACUCCCGUCCCUAAGAGCCCGUUUAAAGUGUCUGUGUCAGAGGGAUGUGACCCCUGCAGGGUGGUGGCCUCUGGCCCUGGGCUCCAACAAGCCCUGACCGACAAGCCCAACAAGUUCAACAUCAUCACCAGAGGGGCAGGUAUCGGCGGCCUGGGCAUCACAGUGGAGGGUCCGUCUGAGUCAAAGAUGUCCUGCAAAGACAACAAAGACGGCAGCUGCAGCGUGGAGUAUGUUCCUUUCACGCCGGGACUCUACGACGUCAACAUCACCUAUGGAGGAGAACACGUGCCCGGAAGUCCAUUUAAGGUUCCAGUGAAGGAUGUGGUGGACUCCACCAAGGUCAAAGUCACCGGUCCUGGUGUCGGCUUAGGGGUUCGCUGCAAUAUCCCACAAUCCUUCACGGUUGACUGCAGGAAGGCGGGCGUGGCCCCGCUGUCUGUGGCCGUCAACGGCACCAAAGGCGUCACCGAGCCCGUGGAGGUGAAGGACAACGGGGACGGGACUCACACCGUGUCCUACACGCCGUCUGUGGAGGGACCGUACUCUGUGGCCGUCAAGUAUGCAGAGGAGGACGUCCCCCGCAGUCCCUUUAAGUUCCGGGUGUUGCCCACUCAUGAUGCCAGUAAAGUGCGAGCCAGUGGCCCCGGGCUUACCAGCGGCGUCGCCGCCAGCUUCCCUGUGGAGUUCAACAUCGACGCCAAGGACGCAGGCCAAGGUCAACUGAGUGUGCUCAUCACGGACCAGGACGGCAGACCGAAGCAGCCCAGUAUCCAUGACAACGAGGACGGCACAUACACCGUGUCUUACAUCCCAGAUCGCACAGGUCGCUACACCAUCGUCAUAAAGUACGGCGGUGACGACAUCCCCGCCUCGCCUUACAGAGUCCGCGCCGCGGCGACCGGAGACGCCAGCAAGUGCACGGUCACGGGCUCCGGCGUGGGCCCCACGGUGGCCAUCGGCGAGGAGCUGGGCCUGGUGGUGAACGCCAAGGGGGCGGGGAAAGGGAAGGUGUGCUGCGUGGUGGUUCAGCCCGACGGCAGCGAGGCGGAGGCCGACGUGAUGGAGAACGACGACGGGACCUUUGACAUCUUCUACACGGCUGCAGCGCCGGGAAACUACGUCAUCUACGUGCGAUUUGGAGGCGAGAACGUCCCACGCAGUCCCUUCAACGUCAUGGCUACUGAUGAGGUACCCAUGAUGCAACAGCAGAUGUCCCAGCAGCAACAGGCCACUCCCCCUGGAGUAGGCUUUCAGCCCUGGGUGACAGAGAACUACGAGCCAAUCAGCAGCAGCGUCAACGGAAGCGGCUUCAAACCAUUUGACAUGGUGAUCCCGUUCUCCUUCAGGAAAGGACAAAUCACAGGUGAGGUUCUCAUGCCCUCAGGACAAUCAGCUGAGCCUCUGAUCACAGAUAAUCUGGACGGGACGGUCACAGUGCAGUACUCACCUACUGAGGCUGGUCUGCACGAGAUGCACAUCAAGUACAACGGCACACACAUCCCAGAGUCUCCUCUUCAGUUCUACGUGAACCACGUCAGCAGCAGCUCCAACGUCACGGCCUACGGUCCUGGUCUGAGCUACGGCGUCGCCAACAAGACCGCCACCUUCACCGUCUACACAGAGGACGCUUCUGAAGGUGGACUGGACCUGGCCAUCGAGGGUCCGUCCAAAGCUGAGAUCAGCUGUGUGGACAACAAGGACGGGACGUGCAGCGUCAGUUACCUGCCCACUCUGCCCGGAGACUACAACAUCCUGGUCAAGUACAACGACGCUCACAUCGCCGGCAGCCCGUUCACCGCCAGGGUCACCGAGGACAACCAGCGUCGUUCUCAUGUCAAACUGGGCUCAGCAGCAGAUUUCUCUCUGGAUAUAAAUGAGACGGACCUCAGUGUGCUGACCGCCAGCAUCCGGGCGCCGUCUGGCCGCGAUGAGCCCUGUCUGCUGAAGAGGAUGGCCAACAACCAUAUUGGAAUCUCCUUCAUCCCCCGGGAGGUGGGCGAACACCAGGUCAGCAUCCUGAAGAACGGUCGCCACGUCGCCAACAGCCCCAUCACCAUCAUGGUCGUCCAAUCAGAGAUCGGCGACGCCAGCCGAGUUAAAGCGCACGGCGACGGCCUCGUCCAGGGAACCACGUUCAACAACGCCAGCUUUGUGGUGGACACGCGGGAGGCCGGUUACGGCGGCCUGGCUUUGUCCAUCGAAGGUCCGAGUAAAGUGGACAUCCAGACGGAGGACGUGGAGGACGGGACGUGCGGCGUCACCUACUGUCCCACCGAGCCCGGGAACUACAUCGUCUCCAUCCGCUUCUCGGAGGAACACGUUCCAGGAAGUCCGUUCACAGUCCGGGUGACGGGCGAGGGUCGUAUCCGCGAGAGCAUCACUCGACGCCAGAGGGCGGCGUCUGUCGCCAGUGUGGGGAGUGUGUGUGACCUCAGCCUGAAGAUACCAGCGAUCGACAUGAACGACGUCACUGCCGAGGUCACAGCGCCCUCUGGAGUCCGUCAGCGCGCCGAGCUGGUCGCCGUCGGCAGCGACACCUACUGCGUGCGCUUCGUGCCCACAGAGAUGGGCGUGCACGGCGUCAGUGUGAGGUACAGGGGCGCGCACGUGCCCGGCAGCCCCUUCCAGUUCACUGUGGGACCCCUGGGAGAAGGCGGGGCCGCCAAGGUGAAAGCAGGAGGUCCAGGACUGGAGGGAGCACAGGCAGGAGAGCCAGCUGAGUUCAGUAUCUGGACGCGUGAGGCCGGGGCCGGCGGACUCUCCAUCGCCGUGGAAGGACCCAGCAGAGCGGAGAUCGCCUUCGACGACCGCAGAGACGGAUCGUGUGGCGUGUCGUACGUCGCUCAGGAGCCUGGCGAUUAUGAGAUUUCGGUGAAGUUUAACGACCAGCACAUUCCCGACAGCCCCUUCCUGGUUCCGGUCGUGGCUCCAGUGAACGACGCCCGCCGCCUCACUGUUGCUGGCCUUCAGGAGUCUGGCCUGAAGGUGAAUCACCCAGCAUCCUUUGCGGUGCGUCUGAAUGGAGCUCAGGGGAAGCUGGAGGCUAAAGUCCACAGUCCGUCCGGAGCUCUGGACGAGUGUGUCGUCACCGAGCUGGAACCAGGCCAGUACGCCGUCCGCUUCAUCCCCAGAGAGAACGGCGUCCACACUGUCGACGUCAGCUUCAACGGCGCUCACAUCCCGGGAAGUCCGUUCCAGGUGCGGGUCGGGGAGCCGGGACAGACCGGAGAGCCUGGUCUGGUCAGAGCAUACGGAGCUGGACUGGAGAGAGGAACCACUGGAGCUCAGUCAGAGUUCAUCAUCAACAACAUGAAGGCGGGCCCCGGGGCCUUGGCUGUGACCAUUGAAGGGCCCUCUAAAGUAAAGAUGGACUGUCAGGAGGGUCCAGAAGGCUACAAGGUGCAGUACACGCCGAUGGCGCCCGGAAACUAUCUGAUCAGCAUCAGAUAUGGAGGAGCAGAGCACAUCAGCAGCAGUCCCUUCAGAGCCAGAGUCACAGGUCCUCGGCUGGUGAACGUGACCAACGCCAGCGAGACGUCCACGCUGACGCUGGAUCCGGCCGUACGAGCGUCCAGCGGCAGCUCGGCGCAGAGCUUCCUGCCUCGACCCGGAGACUCGGACGCAACCAAGGUUCUGAGCCGCGGCGCCGGCCUCAGCGCGGCCUCCGCGGGUCAGAGGAGCAGCUUCUCUGUCGACUGCAGCAAAGCUGGUAAGAACAUUCUGCUGGUGGGGGUCCACGGUCCUCAGGUUCCCUGUGACGAGGUUCUUGUCAAACACAUGGGGGACCUGCGGUACAACGUCAGCUACGUGCUGAAGGAGCGCGGCGGUUACGUCCUGGUGGUCAAGUGGGGCGACGACCACGUCCCGGGCUCCCCCUUCCAUGUUGUCGUCCCAUGAUGCACCAGGUGGAAAAGAGCACGUGUCCCUGCUGGGUUUAGGUUUCUGUAUAAACUGCCAAAGUGUUCUUCAGAUGCACCAUUUUACGACUAAGUGUAGAGUUAGGCGACGCUGAUCUUUGACCUUUGACCUUUGCCCUCCGGCUUUUAAAGAAAAAUUCUGAUCUGGGGAAAAAAAGGUUGUUUGAUUUUUGUUGCCCAGAAAUUAUGAAUUGAUUUAACAGUUGAUGGUCAAUGAAAGAUUGUCUCUGUUCUCUCUGCUCGUAAAACUCAUCGCUGUUGUGUGUCUUCGUUUGGCUGCUUUUACACACACACACACACACACACACACACACACACACACACACACACACACACACACACACACACACAAAAUCACUUCUCGAUUUUUCUAACAAUCACUGGAAGUCGAGACGUUUGAAAUCAGACGUGAGCUGGAACGUUUGCUGUGUGAAUCCUGCUGUCGGUGAUGAAUCUCUGCUACUAUUGAAUUAAAAAAGAGAACUUCUCAUUGUGUAUUUGGGGGAAAAUGGUGAUUUAAUGUGAAACUUAACUCUGGGAUGAUGACGAUGAUGAUGAUGAUGAAGAUGUACAUUUAUUAAUUAAAAUCAACUGGAAUGAAA